UUAUUACACAGAGAAUUCGUAUAAAUAUUUUUACUGCUACAAGUUGUUGAGGCUUUUCCGUUCGCUGGCUUGGGUCUUUGCUAAGUGGUAUUAAUGCAAUAAGUGGAGCUGAGUAAUACUAAAAGCUACUCGCCAAUGGCUUGUCGUUGUCGGACUGGACCGAGGAAAUAGGUCUGGCAGCACAGCCGUCAGUGCACUCGGUAAAAUAUUCAGGUGGAAAGGAUAAUUGGAUAAAUAAAUUCGCUGGUAGUUAAAACACCAAAUGCUGAUAUAUGAUGAUUCUGAUAGAUGCACUCAAACUUGUGGAUAUUUAUUUGGCGCCGCAAACUCUCCUUCCUGCUGGUUGUGUCUGGCCUGGUACUUCUCGGCCUUUGGACAUGGGCUAUAUUAAUCGAUACAACAGCACCCCAGCCACCUGGUGCUUUAUCCAGCACUGAGCGACUGCAGCAGCAGCAGCAACAGGCCACUGGCUACCAGCAGGUGCACAUCAUCCAGAAGCUGAUUGCACAGGCCAAUAGAGUACUCCGUGCCGAACGGCUCAGGGAUAACGCCGUCGAGAAAGCACCGUCGCCCGUCCAACGCUUGGGGAACGUGCGAUUUCUGCGACCCACGCAGGCCAAGAAGGCUCCCCUGCCAAUGUCAGAGAGCUAUUUAUUCGAGCAGGAACGCCUCAAGAUACUCGAGCAGCAGCAGCGCCAGCGGAACGCCGGGAUGGAGGAGCUGAAUAAUGCCGAGGAUGAGCGAAUGCUUAGCUCGGCAGAGCGACAAACACAGUAUGAGCACGAGUUGCAGCGCAUGGGAGUUCCGGUAGUGGCUGGAAUCGGGCCAGACGGUCCGCGUGCUCCUGCCGAGCGCCUCGUCCAUAUAGAUCUCAAGGGAGCCCCGCCUAAGAUUAGUUUUCUCAAGCAGCUCCUGCCCAUGCUGCGGGCCCUGGGAGCCACGGGUCUGCUCAUCGAGUACGAGGACAUGUUUCCCUAUAGCGGAGCACUCCAGCCUCUGGCUGCGCAUAACGCUUACAAGGAAGAAGAACUGAGGGACUUCCUGGAGUGCGCUGCUCUGCACGGCUUGAGUGUAAUGCCUCUCGUCCAGACCUUUGGCCACAUGGAGUUCGUGCUUAAGCUGUCUGGCUUCGAGCAACUGCGCGAGCUGACCGAGAGCCCGCAGUCGAUUUGCCCCAGCCAGCCGCAGAGCAUGGCGCUGCUGGAGCAGAUGCUCACCCAGGUGAUCGAGCUGCACCUUCAGUGUCUGGGACAUGCGACUCAAACGUCCGCCGCGCCUUCAGCGCCCAUCCGUUUCACCCACAUCCACAUCGGUUGCGACGAGGUACAGCGUAUGGGCGAGUGCUCCGUCUGUCGCCAACGACUGCGCAGCGAGCUCUUUCUCUCGCACGUGGUGAGCCUGGCGCACUUUAUCCGCCGCCAGUGGCCUCAGCUGGGAGUGGUCAUCUGGGAUGAUCAGCUGCGCUCGAUGUCCCUCAGCGAACUGCAGCAUUCGCAGGUGGGAAGCUACGUGGAGCCCAUGGUAUGGGUGUAUGCCAGUGACAUCUACCACUUCAUCCAGCCGCAACUGUGGGAUACCUACGCCAAGGUCUUCCCUAGCGCCUGGGCUGCCUCGGCCUUCAAGGGAGCCUUUGGGGAGAGCUUGUUAGUGCCGCCGCUGCAGCAUCAUCUGGAGAACAACAUCCGCUGGCUGGCGGUUAUUGCCAAGGAGGGCGGACGGUUUGCCAAGGGGCUGAGAGGCCUAGCCCUGACAGGAUGGCAGCGAUACGAUCACUUCGCUGUUCUCUGCGAACUUCUGCCCGUGGGCAUUCCCAGCCUGAUGACGUCGCUGUCCACUGUCGCCAAGGGCUACUUCAGCACGAACCCGCGCGACAACGAGUUGCUGAGAGUGCUGCAGUGCAUCUUUCAGCCAGACAGCCGGCGGUCAGGUCGCCCCUGGCUAGAACUGCAUCCCAAUGCCCACCACAGCCAGUUGUUUGCCGUGUGCAGUUAUCCGGGCCACAUGGUCUUCAAGUACGCCCUGCGCCUGUUCGAUAAGCUGGCCGAAAUCAGGAUCUAUUUGGAAAAGACGCGCGACCAAAGCGCCUGGCUCUCGGACUACAACGUCCGGCACAACUUCAGUUCGCCGCUGAGAGUGCGAGAGUUGACCGUCCGGACGCCGGUGCUGAUCGAGGAACUGCGGGCCAUGGCUCGAGAGGCACAGCAGCUGCUGUGGGAGGUGUAUGACGAGUACACGGUGACAGAGUUUGUGGAGCAACACAUUUACCCCACCAUUGCGGCGCUGCAGCGUCAGCUGGCCAUCGGGGAGACGCUCCUUCAGAGGCGCACCUGGCCGCAGAGGCCACUACCGCUGGCUUUGAAGCUGCAGGAGGACAUGGGACUGGUGACGAAUCAGCAGGAGCAGCAGCAGUGAGGUGAUUGAUCUGAUUGGACAGACCGUGCCAUAACUUAAGAGAAGCCUUUACAAAAAUCAACAACGUUGGCCCGAAGAAGUACAUUCUGAUUUUCACGUUCUGUCUGACUCAGGAGUACUCUGGGCGUGACUGCAUGGACUUUGAUGCCAAAUUCUGGAAUCUUUAUUUACUCGCAAAGUGAUGGCGUUCGAAACGCCCAACAACAAGGAGUGUUAACAGCAGCAGCGGCACUUCCCGAGAUCCAUAAUGCAUUGCAUUUUCAGCAUUCAGUACUACAUAAUAGCAUCAAAUGUUCAUUUUUUUAGAGUACUUUGUAAGAGCGCAACUAUACAAGCCAAGCAUAAACAAAUUAAUCAAAAUAACUGUAACAAUAAUGAAAUAAACAUCUUUAAAUUA